CGUUAACAGGAAACAUAGGAGUUACCGCCGUCACUUUCUCUCUCCAUUCGGCCGCGUAAUACCAGACAGAAAUAUUUAACGCGUACAAUUAAUUAAAAUCCAAAAAACCCCAAAAAUUUGGAAAUGAAAAAAAAAAACUGAAAAUUCAGAAAAUCUCGUCUUCAUCAGAAACGGACUCCUUCUUCACUUACACUCCUGAAAUCCAGUCCUUUGGAUUCUCAAAAAUCUUCCCCCGCAGCGCGCCGCCCUCUCCGAUCAUCCGGCCGCCGCCGCCGUCAUUCAUCCAUCUCACAGUCAGUCACCCGAUUUUCCCUUCCGCCUAGAUCGCCGUCCGGAUCAUUCCGUUUCUCCGCCGGGCGAACAAUACAGGUUCCAAAUCCACCGCAUUCUCCUCUCCAUAACUCAAUUCCGCUUCUCAUCUUAGAUUUUCCACCUGGUUCUGAUUCUAGGUCAAGCGAAUUAGGGUUUCCCGACAAGAAGGAGAGUAGCAGAGGACUGGUGAAUUUUUUUUUUGUUGGGAGAGAAAAAAAUGGCGCCGAGUACGUUCAGAAAGGCGAUCGGGGCGGUGAAGGACCACACCACCAUCGGCCUGGCGAAAGUGGCGGGGACAAUUUCGCCGGAGCUGGAGGUCCUCGUCGUGAAGGCGACGAGCCACGGCGAGGAGCCGACCGACGAGAAGUACUACAGGGAGAUCCUCUCCCUCACCUCCUCAUCACGCGGCUACAUGAGCGCGUGCGUCGCCACCGUCUCGAAGCGGCUGAGCAAGACGCACGACUGGAUGGUGGCGCUCAAGUCGCUGAUGCUCGUCCACCGCAUCCUCGCCGACGGCCACCCUUCCUUCGAGGACGAGAUCCUCUACGCCGCCCGCAGCGGGAUGCGGAUCCUCAACAUGUCCGACUUCCGCGCCGAGGCGAGCUCCAACUCGUGGGACCACGCCGGCUUCGUCCGGUUCUACGCCAUGUACCUCGACGAGAAGGUCGGCAGCUCGGCGUUCGAGCGGAAGUGGCGAGCCGGCGGCGGCGAGAAGGGCCGCCGCGGCGACGACGAGGCCGCUAAUUGCGAGUUCGGGAGGAGGUUCGACGAGAAAGAUGAGGAGCUAGGGUUUGACAGGAACUGGAGGUCGGAGAAUCAGAGGCGAUUCGACGAGAGGGAGGACGAAUUGGGGAAGCGGAGGUGGUCGAAUCACAGCAACGGCCGCGGGGAAGAUGAAACCCCCAAUCAAUUGAUUAGGAAACCGAAGGAUCUGGCUCCGAUCAAGGAGAUGGCGACGGACGGCGUUUUGGGGAAAUCGAGCCAGCUGCUGAGAGUUCUGGACAGGAUUCUGGCCUGCAGGCCUGCAGGAAUGGCGAGGACCAAUAGGUUGGUGCUGGUGGCGUUUCAGCAGGUGGUUAAGGAGAGCUUUGCUCUGUACAUGGAGAUAGUCGAGGUCCUGACCGUCCUGCUCGAUCGAUUCGCGGAGAUGGAGUACGCCCACACGGUGAAGGCGUUCGAUGUCUAUGUGAGCGCGGGGAAGAUGAUCGACGAGCUGAUUGGAUUCUACGGAUGGUGUAAGGAUGUUGGGGUCGCGAGGUCUUCGGAGUAUCCUGAUGUGCAGAGGAUUACUGACAAUCUGCUCGGAACUUUAGAAGGGUUCCUGAAGAAGGCGCCGCCUUCGACGAAAGAGGUUGUAGCUCCAGUCGAGGAAGAGGAGGUGCUUGAUAUGAACACGAUCAAGGCUCUGCCUGCUCCUGAGAGCUGUACUAGUACUCCCCCGCCAACACCUGAGCCGAAGCAGCAGCAACAACCUGUGGCGCAACAGGUUGUGGCCGUGGUGGCUACAGAGGAUUUGGUGAACCUGAGAGAUGAUGGUGUCACGACGGAAGGAGAGGGGAACAAAUUCGCAUUGGCAUUGUGGGAAGAAUUCCCUUCUACGAAUGGCGAGGCGGCGGAGACAGUAACAUCAGGAUGGCAGAAUCCUGCGGCGGAGAGAGGCAGGGCGGAUUGGGAACUGGCUCUGGUGGAGUCAACCAGCAACCUGAACAAGCAGAAGGCUACGAUGGCAGGCGGGCUCGACGCCCUGACGCUGAAUGGAAUGUACGAUCAGGGCGCGGUGAAGCAGCAUGUGGCCUCGACCAACGCUGCUAGUGCUGGGAGCGCUAGCAGCGUGGUGCUGCCUGGUGGGAUGAUGCAGGCAGCGCCGAUGCUGGCGCUGCCUGCACCUGACGGGACGAUGCAGGUGGUGGCGGGUCAGGACCCAUUCGCGGCGUCACUGGCGGUGCCUCCGCCGUCGUACGUGCAGAUGGCGGAGAUGCAGGCGAAGCAGCAGAUGUUCGUGCACGAGCAGCAGGCGUGGCAGCAGUAUGGUGGUGUUCACGGUGGGCAAGUUGCAAUGGCGAAUGGUAAUGGUGCUGGUUUUUAUAAUCCUUCACAGCAGGCGAUGGUGAUGAUGCCUUAUGGGAUGCCGCAGCCUGGUGGGUUCUAUAAUUACUCACAUCCCUAUUGAACGGUUUUUUUCCUUCCUUCUUUUGAGCUUUCCGCCAUUGUUGGUGUUAUAGAGGAAUAGUAUGUUUUGGACCUGUUGGUACUACAGUGUUUUUAUUUUAUGAUUCUUUGUGUUUUGGGGAUUCAGAUCUUUGCAUCUUUAGAUAAAUGAGAACUUUCAUG